CUUAUUCUCAACUAGUUGUUAAACUGCCUUUUACGAGCAUGGCCGCUAAAAUUCCUACUGUGAAGUUUAAUAACGGACUAUCGUGUCCCAUACUGGGUCUUGGGACAUGGCAGUCAAAUCCUGGCGAAGUGACACGCGCGGUCGGCGAAGCGAUCGACAUCGGCUAUCGACAUAUAGAUUGUGCACAUCUUUAUUUUAACGAGAAGGAGGUCGGAGAAGCGAUCAAGGAGAAAAUUAACCAGGGCAUCGUAAAAAGAGAGGACCUUUUUAUAACAUCAAAGAUAUGGAAUACGUAUCACAGGCCGGAUUUAGUGGAAAAGGCUGUAAAAAUCUCGCUGUCUGAUCUCGGAUUGGAUUAUUUGGAUUUAUAUCUCAUUCACUGGCCUAUGGCUUACAAGGAAGGGAGUGAUCCGUUUCCUUCAGAUGCUAAUGGCAAAGUGAUUUACUCCGACGUAGACUACGUGGAUACAUGGAGGGCUAUGGAGAAGCUCGUCGAGAAAGGCCUCGUUAAGAGCAUCGGAGUCAGCAACUUCAAUUCUGUACAACUGACUCGAAUUCUGAACGCUGCUACAAUUAAGCCAGUGACCAAUCAGGUGGAAUGCCAUCCAUAUUUGAAUCAGAGUAAAUUGUUCAACUUCUGCGUGGAGCGUGGUCUGACACUGACGGCGUAUAGUCCACUUGGUAGCCCCCAGAGGCCGUGGGCGCAGCCCGGGGAUCCUUCUUUGUUGGAAGACCCCAAAGUGUUGGCUAUCGCGAAAAGGUUGAACAAAUCGCCAGCACAAGUUCUUAUAAGGUACCAGAUUGACAGAGGCAUCAUAGUUAUACCUAAGUCAGUAACCAAAAGCCGUAUAGCAGAGAACUUCAACGUUUGGGACUUCGCCCUGACGAAGGAAGACAUUAAGAGCAUCAACAGUCUCGACUGCAACGGUCGACUGAUACCGCAGGCAGAGGGUCGAGAGCACAAGGAUCAUCCCUUCGCUAAUCCAGAUAUUAUCUUCUGAAUGCGGCAUCCGACAAAUAUAUACAUUUACUUACUAAACCGGCUGUAUUGCCAUUGUUUUGUUGGUAUGUUAUUACAUUAAAUAAUCAUAAGAUACGGU